CACCAAUGUAUCACUACAUCAUCGUUAAAAUUUGCGAUUUGCGAUUUGCGAUUUGCGAAAUCCCACGAGAGCAAAAUAAUAAAGGAGAAAUUUUUAGGGGGUUAAGAAAAGCAAAGGGAAAUGCCCAAAAUUGCAGCUUGACACAUAUAUCGUACCACAACAACGACGACAAGAAGUUAAGCUGCAGCCUGCAGGUGGUCUCUUUCGCGAUGGUUUCCCUCCCAACCUGGUUCCGGUACAUAGCCCACAAGCUCGAAUACUCGGCCACUAUCAGCUGGAAGAACUAUCAAAGAGGUCAAAUCACGGACAGAGAACUAGGUGAUGCCGUUUGGAAAAAUCUAUUUCAGGGAAAGUUAACGUACUUGCAUUGGAAUAAAGGAGAGGAGAUGGCCCCUAGUAUAGGUGCGCAAGGGGGUACUCUUCUUGUCCGGAAGAUACCAGCUGCAGACCCAAGGCGUGUUUUUGUUGGGGAUGUAGUGGUCUUGAAGGACCCUGAGAAGGCAGAUAAUUAUCUGGUGAGAAGAUUGGCUGCAAUUGAAGGGUAUGAAAUGUUGUCUACUGAUGAAAAGGAUGAGCCUUUUGUUCUUGAACAGGAUGAAUGCUGGGUGUUGGCUGAUAAUGAAAGUUUGAAGCCCAAGGAAGCCAAUGACAGUCGGAAAUUUGGGCCGGUUUCCAUGACAGACAUAGUUGGCAGAGUCAUAUAUUGCCUACGAACAGCUGUGGAUCAUGGCCCUGUGCAGAACAGUCAUUCCAGCAUGCGAAAGGAUACACCAGUGCUGCAAGUUGAAUUGGAUGUCGAUGAGAUGGCAAAAAAUCACAAAGCCUGACUGAAGUAUGCCCUUAUAAAGCAAUGACUCAUUUGGUUGUAACUAUGUUCCUCCCAAUUUCUCAAAUUUUUUUCUUUCUUUUCUUCUCCCUGUUUCAAGUACAAGAAGAAAAAUAAAGAUGGAAUUUCAAGUUCUUGAGUCAUGGGAUGGUUGUACGUUUAUGGUGGCUGUUCAGGUACUCAUACUUCAGUAAUGGUGCCUUCUGUUUUUGCUGAAGAAUAUGAAGCGACCUGUAAGGAACUUGAGUUCAGGACGGUAUUUUUGUUUAGAAGAGCACUGUACUCCAAAAAACUAUCCAAGAAAAGAAGAAAUCCAGAUGUUGUCAAGUUUUUGGACUUAUAUUUGAA